AUUUGCGAACAAAACGCCCAUCGAGGAGUUGGAAAUGUGGAAACCGGACUCCAAGGCGGGCAUUAUUUGCUCCGGGGCUGCAUCGAUCUGCCUUGCGAUCGCCUACCUCAUCAUAUUCGCCAACUUGAGGGAAUUAUCCUACGCAUUUGGAGUUCACAUAGCGUCCAUGCAGAUUAUCAGCAGCGCAGUACUCAUCGGCGGAGCCAUCAAGGUCGGCCAUACUCCCAAUGCAACUUCCAAUUUUUCACCCACAUUCUCUCAUCGCAGGAGAGGCACAAGCUCUUCGUGCCCUGGAUGAUCACAACCGCCAUGUUCCUCUACUUAAUGGGUUACUCAUCCAUUGUGCUGCUGGCCAUGGGCGAUUGGUUAAUCGUCAUGUUUUGCGCAGCGCCAAUGAUAGGCUGCCUCGGAAUGGCAUUCUAUGCGGUGCAGAAGGCCUUCCGCAGGAUGCGCAAGGAUGGGCUUCCACCGAAGUAUGCCGACAUGCAAGUCAAAAGUAUUUUGGUGAAUCCCAUAUGAUGCAUUUUGCCAUUUACAAUUGUUGGUUUAUCAAAAGCAUGAUGCUUCUGAGAUAUGGUUAUAUAUUUUGUCUUUACUAAAUGCAAUAAUUAUAUAUAAUAUGGUGAAGAGCAUUUUUAGUGGUGUUAUUGUAUUUAUAUAUUACAUUCUAUAAUAUACAAAUUAAUACUGAG